CGGGACUGGAGCGGAAGUUCCGGCGGGGGCGGCCGAGGGGAAGAGUGUGUGUCUGUGCCGGAGAAAGGGGAGACUCGGCCGAGCGGUCUCGAACGCCCCGGGGAGAGAGGCCCAGCCUGCAGGGAGCCCUGUAGUGUAUGUGUGGUAACACCAUGUCUGUGCCCCUGCUCACCGACGCCGCCACCGUGUCUGGAGCUGAGCGGGAGACGGCCGCGGUUAUUUUUUUACAUGGACUUGGAGACACAGGGCACAGCUGGGCUGACGCCCUCUCCACCAUCCGGCUCCCUCAUGUCAAGUACAUCUGUCCCCAUGCGCCUAGGAUCCCAGUGACCCUCAACAUGAAGAUGGUGAUGCCCUCCUGGUUUGACCUGAUGGGGCUGAGUCCAGACGCCCCAGAGGACGAGGCUGGCAUCAAGAAGGCAGCAGAAAACAUCAAGGCCUUGAUUGAGCACGAGAUGAAGAACGGGAUCCCUGCCAAUCGGAUCGUCCUGGGAGGCUUUUCACAGGGCGGGGCCCUGUCCCUCUACACGGCCCUCACCUGUCCCCAUCCUCUGGCUGGCAUUGUGGCACUGAGCUGUUGGCUGCCUCUGCACCGGGCCUUCCCCCAGGCAGCCAACGGCAGUGCCAAGGACCUGGCCAUCCUUCAGUGCCACGGGGAGCUGGACCCCAUGGUGCCUGUGCGGUUUGGGGCCCUGACAGCCGAGAAGCUCCGGUCCGUUGUCACACCUGCCAGGGUCCAGUUCAAAACGUACCCGGGCGUCAUGCACAGCUCCUGCCCUCAGGAGAUGGCGGCCGUGAAGGAAUUUCUCGAGAAGCUGCUGCCUCCUGUCUAACUGGCCGCUGGCCCCCGGCACAGUCCUCCGGCACCUGGGGGACCCAGCAGGCAAGCGUGGCACCAUCUCGGAUCUGAGCCGGUCAAACCCCUGUCCCCUCCCUCCCUGACCUGUCCUCUUCCCACAGGCCUCUGGGGCAGGCGGCCGGGGCCUGGCCAGGCCUUGCUUCCUGGCCUCAGCCCCCCGGUGUGGGUGUGGGCUGCUUGCGUCUCCCAUUGCCCUGGAGACGGGCACCCCCGGCAGCAGGCUCGGCGGGGCUGGAGGCAGCGGGAGAAAGGGGCCCGGCCGCCGACCCACUCACUCAGGACCUCACUCAGAGCCCCGCUUUGGGCCCCCUCCUGUGACCUCAGGGUUUGGCCCGUGGGGCCCUCCCAGGCCCCUGCCCGUGAUUCUGCCCAGAUAAUCGUGUGUCUCUCCUGCCUCCCGCCACUCCAGCUGCUUCUCAGUCAUGAAUGUGUGCAUGGCCCCGGGGCCCCUGGCUGCUGCUGCCACCUGCCCCGGGGCAGGAGUGUUGCUGAGGAGGCGGAGUCCCUCGGGGCCCCUCCCUCUGCCGGUCCCACUUGGGGGCUGGGCCCUGCCUCCCUAUCACCCUCUUUCCCCGCAGGCCUGGAGCCUGCUGGGCUGGACUGAGGCUCAGUCUCCCCCAGCUGUCUCCCCCGACUUCGUCCCCACUCCAGGCCAGGGAGGCGGUGGGGGAGGAGCCGUGUCUCGUCUUCUGUCUCCAUGUGGUUUUGGGUGUUUUUCUUGUUGUGUCCUGGAUUCCAAUUAAAAUGAAAGAAAUCGCUUCCUCAA